GCUGGCCCGGCCGCCUUGUCAGUGUGCCUGUGGUAGUGAGAGAGUGCGAGGCAAGUGGGUGGUCUGAUGCUUGUAGGGCUUGAGAGUGGCAGUCGUGUAGGCAUGCGCGAUCCAUUGCUCGGCUCGCCAGACGAGAGCAGCCCUCGCAGCUUCGUUGCGCUCUCGUUUGUCGUGGCAGCCUUGGCCGCUCUUAGCAUCGCAAGCAUUGUGAUGGGCGAGACGGUGACGGAGCGGCUAGCGCAGACCGCCAAAAACCAGAUGGCCGGCGCCACGGAAAUGACUUCACAGACGGCCAGUGCCAAGACGGCCGGCGCGGAGAGUCGAGACGGCUUCUGGUACGGCGUGAGCCUCGGCGGCUGGCUCGUCAUCGAGAUCAACCCCGCGAGGCGAAGCAGCGUCUCCUCCCCCGACGUGCGGCCGCAGUGGAUGUUCGACGAGGUCGAGGCCGCGUCUGAGCUCGACUUCGUCACGACGCUGCGCUCUUCCCGCGGCGACGCGUACGCUGUUCGCACGAUGCGCAACCACUGGAGCAACUACAUUUCGGACGACAUGCUCGACGCUGCAGCGGCGCUCGGCGUCGACGCCGUGCGGAUUCCCGUCGGCUACUGGAUUGUGGACGCGCCGGUCAACAGCAGGUCCGGCUCCGCCCUCGAGUACGGCUUCUCCCCCGAGGGAUUCGUCACCGGCGGGCUCAACUACCUCGGCCGCAUGCUCGCCCGGCUGCGGGCGCGCUCGAUGGUGGCGCUGAUCGACGUGCACGCGCUGCCGUGCAACAGCGGCUGCGUGAGCGACGGCAUCGAUUGCGCAAACCCGCUCGCCUUCUCGGCCGACGCGCUCGUCGGCGACAUUCCCCGUUGCACGGGCGCGUGUGAGCUGACCGGUGGCGAGCGGGUGUGCGACGGCCAGGUGUACCACACGCGACGCGGCGGCGGCGGCGGCAGCCGGCGGUGGGUGGACGUCGGCCUGCGGAGCAUCGCCUCCCUCGCCGAGUGGGUGGCGGCGCUUCCCGCGGCGGACGCGGCGGCGGUGGCGGGGCUGCAGCUCGCCAACGAGCCCGCGCUAAACUCGGACGGGCACGACGACGCCGUCAAGGCCUACUACCGCGCCGCGGUGACGGCGGCCCGCGCGCACCUUCCGUCGCUGCCGCUCUAUCUCUCGUUCAUUCCGCCCAACGACGAGGCCGUGCCGGCCUUCGUGGCGGGGCUGGUGGCGGCCGGCGCGGGGAGGCUCGUCAUCGACCAACACUGGUACCUGAACUGGGUGAGCCCGCCCGGCUCCCCGCUCGGGUGGGAGGAGAUGCACCGGCGGGCGUGCAGCGAGGCGGCGCAGACGUGGCGCCCCUACGUCGCCGCCGGGCUGCCUCUCAUCCUCGGCGAGUGGAGCCUCGCGACGAACCACGACGAGCACGUGGACAUCGCCGACGCGGCGGCCAGGGCGCAGCUGCGGCGCCUCUUCCUCGCGCAGCUCGCCGCCUUCUCCGCCGACGCGGGCGUGCUCGGCGCCUUCUUCUGGACUCUGCGCAUGGGCUCGGGGUGGGACCCGCGCCCCACCGACGCGGCGCCCGACGGCAGCCAGCGCGAGGGCAGCAGCGCGUGGCGCAGCCGCGACGGCUACCCCUACCGCGUCUGGUCGCUCCUCGAGAUGGCCGAGCAGGGCGUCGUGCCGCGACGCGAGGAGGCGAUGGCGGCCGCCCGGACAGUGUGCCGUGGGGCGGGCGAGUGAGGGUGGCAGACUGGCAGUACCGCGUGCGCCUGAUGCGUGGCGGCCAAGAAAUAGACCGGUGUCCUUACCUAACCAAUUGGCAUCCUACCAACCAUCUUGCACACUCGAGACCGUAGAAAGCUCUACGUCUAGGGGGAGAGUCCGAUGCACAGGCUUCUGUGUUUCAGAGUUUGUGUGUGUGGCUUUUCUGUGCCGCGACGCGCGAGGACGACGCAUGACGGCUUCUGGGUUCAUCUGUGAGAGUCGUGAUUUCUC